CUUGCGGUUGAACAAGUGGUUUCAAAGCUUAGCAAGCGUUUACACUUUACUCAAAUCUUAGUGAAAUCGGCUUGUUUUAUGGCAAUAAACAAGACAGUGGACAGACACACAUGUGGAAAUUGGCAAUCGAAUGACCAAAUUGAAGUGUAUGACCGCAUGGUCACAACAACAAUAUAUGGUUUAUUCAACUAUGCAAACACCCGAAGAGAAGUGGAGACGAAAAUGGCAAGGUAAAAGGAACUCAAAGGCAUCGUCUGAUCAACUAAGGGUAAAUCGAAGCUCAGAUAUAUUAUGAUAUAGCUAUAUAAGCAAAAAACUUCCAGCGUUGCCAGUGAUGGGAACAGUACCUUAGUUUCCACAUACAACACUGUGUUUAAUUUGGCCACAAUACCUCGUCGCAUAGCAACAAACAUUUUUGUUUCCUAUUUAACAGCACAUAAACAGCGUUUCCAGAAAAACAAUGAAUCAACGAACGAGAAUGCUUUAAGACAUUUGUGCAACUCGAUUUAAAGAAAAAAACGCAUAUUCAGGGAUUUUCCCACAUUAAUGGGCGCUUCAUUUUUUAAGCUUUGCGAUUGCUGCCAAAGAAACAGAAACACCGUCGGCACACUUCCUGAAAGGCACAUAAAGCUUUUGUUAAUUGGGCCAAUGGCCAGCGGCAAGACUGAAGUUGGUCACGUAUUGAGCCGGCAACACCGCCAAAUUUAUGAGCCCACAAAUGGAGUGCAAUAUUUUAGGAUGGAGUUUCCCGAGCGGCAAGUGUCCAUCACCGAGGUGGGCGGAAGCACGGAAAUGCAAAAAAUAUGGCAUCACUAUUUUUUAACGACUAUGGGGAUCAUAUAUUGCUUUGAUAUGUCGGCCACAUACGAAGAGUUGCGAAAUUCUUUCGACUGUUUUCAACGUACUUUAAUGCAUCCCCACGUACGAGGGAAACCCUUUUUACUACUAGCCACAAAAGCUGAUCUGGCCGAUGAGGGAGUACAACUUUAUGAUAUUGAGAACACCUUUCAAUUGGAGGCACUUGCAAAAUAUUAUCUCAGCAGCGCUCAUGUGUGCUACAUAGGUAAAAAUAUGGAAUUAAGCAGUAUGUGGGACGGAGUGGCAUGGCUGGUUAAACACAUUAUAGACAAUAUGGACUCAUUGCAAGCACGACUUAGAGCGGACGCGAAUAUGAAGAUAUGGCAGGAACAACUCAAUCGAUUGAUAACCGAAGGGCGAAUCAAGCAAGGUCGGUAUCGCCAAUUUCAGUAUCAUCUGAAAAACACGGCGCGCAGGAAGUUAUGGUACCGUUCCUUCGCGCCUUUUCGAACUAAACGCAUUCGACCACAUACAGCUCCAGCGACAAUAAACGCGGCUGCGUUCAGCCAACUAUCGAAAAUAGAAGAACUAGCAACGAAAUCGCUUGAGAAAGACGAAACAAGUGAUGUGCCAAAUCUAAGAGAUGAAGUAGUGACCGAAGUUUAAUUAAAAGUGCGCGCGAAUUAGGACCGAUGUGUAUGGAAUGCACCUUUUGCUAAUAAACAUUAAUUUCCAAAGACCUCUAUUAGCAUAAAUUUAUUUAAUAAAUUUUAUAUACGAACAUCUAAA